AGGCUGGCGAGCGCAAUGUGGCAGAGCGGCGGCAUGGGCACCCAUGCGGCCAACAACCCGUGGAUGAAGCUGAUGGGCAUCGUCCACAAGGAACGGAGGCACCACGAUUCGGGGUCCACCGCCGCCGCUGCCGCUUCUGGGGUGCAGGGUUCAGCGACCACCGGCAGCAACGAUCGAACGCUCAAUCAAUCGCUGCCGAAACUCAGCAGCCAGGACGAGGAUGGGACGAAUCCCCACACCCAAUACACAGGCGUCACACAUUUCGAGCCCAUACCGCACGAUCAUGAUUUCUGUGAGAGGGUCGUCAUCAACGUGAGCGGGCUACGGUUUGAGACACAGCUGCGUACGCUGAACCAAUUUCCGGACACGCUGCUCGGCGAUCCGACACGGCGGCUUCGAUACUUCGAUCCGCUACGCAACGAAUAUUUCUUCGAUCGGAAUCGACCUUCCUUCGAUGCUAUACUCUACUACUAUCAGAGCGGCGGCCGUUUACGCCGCCCGGUCAACGUCCCGCUUGAUGUCUUCUCCGAAGAGAUCAAGUUCUACGAGCUGGGCGAGUUGGCGACUAAUAAGUUCAGGGAAGACGAAGGCUUCAUCAAGGAGGAGGAAAAGCCGCUGCCGUCGCACGAGUUUCAGAGGAAGGUCUGGCUGUUGUUUGAGUAUCCGGAGAGCUCGCAAGGCGCCAGGGUGGUUGCCAUAAUCUCCGUGUUCGUCAUCCUCCUGUCAAUCGUGAUCUUCUGCCUGGAGACGCUGCCCGAGUUCAAGCACUACAAGGUCUUCAACACGACGACGAACGGCACGAAGAUCGAGGAGGACGAAGUGCCGGACAUCACGGACCCGUUCUUCCUAAUAGAGACUAUUUGUAUCAUCUGGUUCACAUUCGAGUUAAUAGUGCGCUUCCUCGCCUGCCCAAACAAAUUCAACUUCUUCCGUGACGUAAUGAACAUCAUCGAUAUCAUCGCGAUCAUUCCGUACUUCAUCACCCUCGCCACAGUGGUGGCCGAGGAGGAGGACACGCUUAAUCUACCUAAGGCGCCAGUGAGCCCGCAGGACAAGAGUACGAACCAAGCGAUGUCCCUGGCGAUCCUCAGGGUGAUCAGGCUGGUCAGAGUGUUCCGGAUAUUCAAGUUAUCUAGGCAUAGUAAAGGCCUCCAAAUCCUCGGGCGGACCCUCAAGGCCUCCAUGAGGGAACUUGGAUUGCUCAUCUUUUUCCUCUUCAUUGGUGUGGUGCUAUUCUCGUCGGCGGUAUACUUCGCGGAGGCCGGCUCCGAGAAUUCGUUCUUCAAAUCCAUUCCGGACGCGUUCUGGUGGGCCGUUGUCACGAUGACGACCGUGGGCUAUGGUGACAUGACGCCCGUGGGAGUCUGGGGAAAGAUCGUGGGCUCAUUAUGCGCGAUUGCCGGUGUCCUGACGAUCGCUCUACCCGUCCCCGUUAUCGUCUCCAACUUCAAUUACUUCUAUCAUCGUGAGACUGACCAGGAAGAGAUGCAGUCGCAGAAUUUCAAUCAUGUGACCAGCUGUCCAUAUCUUCCUGGCACUUUAGGUCUGAAGAAGAUCUCGAUGUCGGAAUCCUCGUCGGAUAUAAUGGAACUGGAGGAGGGUACUUUGUUUACUCAUCCAGAGAUAACGAAGAAGUCAAAUUGCAACCCUCGCCACAAUAACAAUAUCAAUCCAGCCUGCAUGAGCAUCGAGACUGACGUUUGACUACUAGUGAAGGAGAUGGUGGCAGCGUGGUGGCCGUUGCUGAGCCAGUUGUCAAAGACCAACUGCAGCUUCCUGCGGUACCUGACGUAGGCCUCCUUCACACCUCGUCAUAACCGUAACGGCUGGUGCCAGCGUCACAUCUCACCAGCCUGUCCAAUCAGAUCCGUCAGGGGCGCCUCAGGUCAAGAUUGCGAGAGGUUACCAAGGAUCACGCAAUUCUCCGGGAAGUCGAUCGGGUGCUUCCUUCAUCCGUGAUGAGAAACGGGGAUGAGAGAUGGAAUAGACCCAAAAUGUCCGAGCAGCAAGAACGAAUCUAUCCCCUUUCUCGAGACGUCAUCAUCUCUCUCGCCAUUGCUUCAGAAGACUUGCGCCUCACGUAAGGAUCUACGUGCGAACGAAGGGGACGGGAUAUUCCUCACUCGCGUGCCAUGCAAGUACGCGUGCGGCCCGAAUCCCCCACACCACCGACUCCAGUGUUCAAAACAAAAAAAUAAAAUAAAAAAUAAAAAUAUAACAAAUGAUAUCGAAAAAACAUCGCGGCGUCUUCGUAUAAGCGCUGUCGAGUGUCCCACCCGUCCCUGCGGGCUCCUCCGAUUUCCGGUAUCCGACGAGUGAAAACGGGAAGGGGGAGCCGAUAGAGGCGGCAAAACAAACCGGGAUCGUACCAGAUAAUACUAUAUUAAUUAUUAUCGAUACAAUUAAUACCGAGUAACGUACACGUAGGGCGAGGGUAAAUUAACAAAGUACGUUUUAUGAUUAUCGCGAGUGCGGAUGAGGACACUUGGACGAAGACGCUGCUUGCAGAAGAGGCGAAAACUGCGGAAACGGCAAAGAGGCACGCGAAAGAAGCAUCAAGGAUGGAGGAACAACAUUUAUAGAGAGAAAGCGAGAGAAAGAAAAAAACGAGAGUGAAAGCAAGAGCGAAAGAGAGUGAGAGAAAGAGAACGAGAGCAAGAGAUGAAAAAUAUUCCGUUUCUUUUUAGUCCUUUUUCAUAAAAAACAAAUAAGCUAAUUUUUAUAUUGAGUUAUCACAUUACAUAAUGCAUUAAUAAUGUGAGGCAAUUAGGUAACAGAGUUAAUUUGUCCUAUUUGUUACACACAUUUGCAGAUACAUGCGUAUCUAUUUACGCGUAAAUAGAUUACAUAAGUGCCGAUGAAGUUAAGGUCGAAAUCGAAUAGUGCCAUUUCAUAUAAACGAAAGAUUAAUAUAUCAAUGAAAAGAUUAAUCAUAAUAAUUACACAUUUGCGAAAAUAAUGACGCAAACGAUUUCGAUGAUAUCUACAUGUAACUGCAAAAGUUGCUUUGCCAAUGUCGGUUUAUGCACCCCUGCCGCUUAAAAUUUCUAUAAUUAAAAUUAUCUAUAUCGAAUAUAUCCGAAGAAAAAAAAACUAGAGGCAUAUUGUGAAAAAUCAAAAUGUUACUUAAACUAAGUAUCAUUUAUGACGAAAAUUAUUGAUGUCAAAUUAUAGCACAAUAUUAUCUUUAUAAUUGAAUCUUUGUAUUAGAUAUAUAAAAGUGAAUCAAUUUGCAUGCUUAUAUUUGAAACGAAAAAUAAUAGAAACUAGGCCUCAGCAUUAUAAGUGGCAAGGGUGUAUGUUCAUAUGUAUGGGUGGUGAAUUUUAAAGAAUUACAAUAGAUUGAAUAUGAAGAUGAUCGCGCGAGAUGAUACGAGAGGGAUUGUAAUGACAACAAGUGUCCAAAAAAUCAAAACCGAAAAUGUCUGCCGAUGGCGCGCGUUUUUAUCCAAAUCAUAAUUUAAAAUUUUUCAACGCGUUCGAUUUGAUAUUUCUGUCUUCGAUAUAUGCGAUAGUGACUUUUCAAGAAUCGUGGAUGAUUGCAUCGAGGACAGAAUAAUGACUAUUCGACAUUAACGAUGGUUAGCGUGUAUAAAAGUACGCGUGUGUUAAAAAUAGCUCAUAUAUUACGUUCUUCGACUUUAUCAAAGCUCAAAGAUCAAAGGAUUACUGUGCGAUUCCUUACGGAACUAAAUUUUGAUUCGUCUCGGAACUGCCAGAGGUAUAUCCUUGAUAACGAGAAGUUAUAAAAUGUCGAGAGAAAACAUUACAAUAACUCUUAUAGUUUUCCUCUUCAUCUGUAAACAAAUUUUUAAUGGAAUCAGUGUUCUACAAAAGUUGUUCUUAACUCAUCCGAAACAGAAUGAUAUAUUUCGGUGAUCAAAGAAGUAAAAUUUAGGUUAUUGUUUUGAGUUUUAAGUCAGAUGGCAACAGAAUGUGUAUCAAGCAGGAAGAGGAAGACACAUUGUCAAGACAAAUUACUGUUUGGAGAACGAAUUGGCACGCCAAUCAAUCCUAAUACCUAAUCUCUUCCCGGAGAGAUUUUCCAAAUCUGUUCGUCUCAAAGUUCCACUUCUUUUAGUACGACAGAAAUAUGUCGCAGAAUCACCCAAAACUGCCAAUUUAACGCUCUCGAUUUAUAUCACGCCAAGGAAUUACUCCAGGUACAUCCUGCGGAGUCAAAUCGAUUUAAAUCCGAUCAAUAUUCGACGUGCUGAUUCGAUUCAAAUUCGAUGAAAACCAAAGUCAAGUAGGGAGACAUAUCUUCACUUAUGUAGAAUUCAAGGAUAUAAGAAGGGAAGAGAUAUACAUGCAAACGCGCAAACAUACAAGGUCCUCGUUCCAUCUCCCGAAGUUACCGACUUUUGAUUGUUAUUCGACUCGAUGAAGGAAAACCGAAGCAGAGCCCAGGUGAACCUUUUCAGUAUCUAUUUACUUUCUAUUGUAUACAUCGUGCAUUAGUUUUCAUUGAUUGGCAUACGUUAAAGCAUUAUAUUGCUAAUAUGACAUAUGCUAAUUUGACAAAGUUUGUAUACAAAGUUUACUUAGAUUACUAUACUUAGUUUUGAUACUGAAGGGGUUAACUAAAUCUGUUUAACAAGGCACAUGUGAUUUAAGGCUGAUACAUAAUGAAAAGAAAAUAUAGGAGCAAGAAGUAAAAAAUUAGUUUGCCAAUAUUAACUUAAAAAACAAAGAAAUAGUUGUGCAAGUAGUAACAUGAAAAAAUAGAUAUUAUCGAGCAACAAAAUCAAUGGAGUUUAGGCUCAUAAUCGUCAACCAUAAUAUAAGUAAUAUGGAAAUAUCUAAAAGAGACAUUCAAUUAGAGCAUAGACACGAUUGAGAAAAAUCGAAUAGAGAAUAUUUCGCCUUUUAAGAUGGAAGUUUUGCACUGAUUUAACUGAUCGAAAAGGAAUGUAAGAUCCGCAUUAUUCGCGACAUAUAUUUAUUCCCGAUUCGUUCGAUGCACUAUCCAUUGUUUGUUAAUAACUUAAUAUCAGCUUAUGCUCCUUGUUCUUAUAUUUCAUUGUGUAUCGGCUGUUUUAAAUAUGCGAUCGAUUACGCAAAUGGCGAAGCAAUUAAUUCAGAAAAAAAAAAACAAAAAAACAAAAAAAAAACAAGGAAAGAAAAGAUAAAUCGAUUUUAAUUGGUAAUCUCUCUUAGAAGUAAUUUUAACAAACAGCUAAUCUCAUUUUUUAAUAGUAUCACAAUAUCGACGAUGAUGAAAUUUUAGAGUUCACGAAAUGAAAGAGAUUGAGAAAGAGAGAGAAAGAGAUAGAGAGAGUGAAUGCAAGUGCAUGUGUGCGCACGUGUGUGUAUGUAUGCGUAUACAUGUAUAUAAAAGAGAGAGAAAGAUGAAAGAAGCAGAGAAAUAAUGGAAUAUAUAGAGAUAUAACAAGAUAUAUAUUGAUACAAUAAUUACACGGAGAUUUAAGUUACACGCUUUUAAUACAAUACUCAGACCUCUCGCCUCGCUGAUUUAGUCCGAGAAAAGAAAUAUAGAAAUAAUAAAAAAGCAAAAUAUAAAAAACUAUGCAUCAAACUACCAGCCUAGCUAAAAUCGUGAAAGAAAGAGAGAGAGAGAGAGAGAGAGAGAGAGAGAGAGAGAGAGAGAGAAUGUGUGAAAACAAGAGACAAAAGUGAGUAAAAAAUUUGUUCUAUGAACGAUAAAUUUAUAUUACUACUAAAAAAUACUAUUACUGUACUAUCACUACUGCAACCGCUAUUACUAUUACUAUUACUACUAUUACUCUCUUAUCAUUACUAUAUUUACUAUUAUUAUUAAAUACUAUUGCGCUAUUACUAUUACUACUACUACUGCUACUAUUACAAACCGAACAAAAAAAAACACGCUAUGGUGAAGUAUUUAGAUAACGAGAAACUACUCCGCUAGGCAGUCAGUAGCCGUUAGAGUACACGAAGAUAGCCAUUAGGUGGCGAAUUACGACAUCAUCGUUGUCGCUGCGUCGGAUUAUUCAUAAUAAUUGUAUCAAAAUUCCAAGUCUACAUAGAAUCGAUCAAGCCAAGGCGGUUAUACAUAGUCGGCUGAAUAAAUAUGAAAAAUAGGCCGCCAAAUAGAAAAAAAAAUAUUAUAAAAUAUCAGAUAUACGUUGUCGUUCCGUUCGGUUUCCAUCGGCAGACUUUCGUUGCCUGAAAAUAAAUACCAAGGAUCGAGCUUUCAUGACGACCUCUCAAAGAUGAACACAUCUUUCGAUUUAUCUUAUUCUAAAAGUUACACGCGCGUAAUUACUCAUAGAGCACACAAAUUAAAUAUUAAUUAAAUUACUUCCAAUUUUUUUGUCUUAUUUGAAUAGCUCAUUAAAGGAAUGAAACCAAAAUUAAGUUGAUAUCUAAAACAAAGUUUACAUAUGAGAAAAUUUAUACUAUCGAACUUAUUCAUUCAUUGAAGAUUUAGAAAAUCGCGAUACAGAAAUUGGAUUUAGUUAAUCAUUAAAAUGAUCGUUAAAAUUCUUUCCGCUCACUUUCCGCACGUAUUUGAGGUCGUCAUGCAAAAGCGAAUCCUCGAAAAUUCGUUGGACUUCCAUUACGUUACGCCGUGUCUAUUUUUAAUUACGCGAAGAAAGAAAGAAAAAAAAAAACCCAAACGAGGUGUCACGGAAGUGUAACUUUCAACGUUUUCUGUUUGUGCACCGGGGCACGAUAAGGCGUCUUGUAAAAGGGCACAGGACGAGCGAGCGGGAGUAGUCGCCGAUGUUCCUUCUGUAAAAUUAAGUCACCUGCAUUCCUGGAGGAAGAGGGAAAAGAACUUUUCUCCCCUAUCAUCCUUUCCGCUGUGGUCUGUACGAAUCGAUUAACGAAGCGAUUGUUGAUUAUCGAAGCGUUCCCUCCGUCGAGGAUCCAGGAAAGAGACAGAAAAAGAGGAGAAGAGGAGAACAUGAAUAACGCGAAUGAGAGUACGAAGGGAAAAGCGAAAGAGAACGAGUGAAUGGAAGUAUGUCUGAGAAUGAGUGAGAGGGAGAGAAGAAAAUUAUCGGUAGUGAGAGAAUUAUGCGAGUCGAAGAUGCAUUCCGAAAUAAUUAGUUAACAAUUAAAAAAAGAAGAGAAAUAACUAGUAUCGCUACGAAGUUAGAAUUAUAUUUCGCUAUCGCCAUAAAGCGAGACGACUUGUCACUGCUAAUUAAUUAACGCGAAAAGGGGUCGCAAAUAAGAGGAGUAAAUCGGCGCGCCGUCGAGAGUUCCCUUUUUUGAUCAACCAAAAGAUAAAUAACUAAUAAUAAUAGUAAUAAUAAUAACAAUAAUAAUAACUCGUAUGGUAAUCAGGCUGGGUAGGAUAUUACGAAUUAUUAUUCAAAGAAGAUAAAGCGAGUAAUUAAAAGCAAUUUAGAUGCCGGCGUCAUUCUCGAACAUCCUCCAUCUUUGUCUUGAUCCCUCCGUGGAUCGCCACGAUCGAUUCUUCCUUGCUCGAUUUCUCAUUAUACGAUCAACACCACUAUCGAAAUAUAAAAUAGCAAUAAGCUGCUAAAAUUAGUUGCUUGAUAUCAAGUGAGAAUAAUCCAAUCAUGGAGAUAAAAAAUCGAUAUGUGAAAGGUAAAAUCGAUCGCCAUGAAUCCUCGCGCAUUUAAAAAUACGAGGGUAUUAGGAAUGGCACGGAGGAUGCUCGAGCGCCGUCUGUGUGAAUAAAAGAAAGAAGAAAAUAGUAAAAAAGAAGUAAUACAAGCGAGAAACAAGUACGAGCGCUCGUAGAUCGAGACGACCGCUUUCAAGUGAUAUAUUUAGGUAUUAUAUGAGUCUCUCUCAAAACGUAUUUUAAAGCGCUGCUGAAAAAAAAUAAUGUAAUGUAUAAGAAUUAAAACGAACGUUUGUUAUCAUUCGGAUAACGUUUUCGACGAUUAAUUUGUGCCGCGACGAGUAUUACGUGUAAAUGUAUACAAAUAUAUCAUGUAUAGGGUAAAUCGUAAAGAGCAGGAAAGUUAUAUUUUGUUGAUGAGUGUGUUUAUACAGUUGAGUUUGUAUAAACAUUUCAUUCGUUGCCGUUAUUUAUCUCAAACUUUUAAAAUCACAAUUUUGCAAUAACUUGUAAAAAAAGUAACGUAUUAAUUUUUAAUUUAUUCCCUUUAACGAAAUUUGAAUCGGUAGAACUUUAAUUCAUUGAGAGAUGAUCGUACAACGAUUUUGUAAUCAGGUCUUGUAUCAAUUCUUCCCGGAUCAAAGAAAUGUGAGUGUUUCCAAAUUUAUUGUGGAAUAAUUACUACCGAUACCGUACUUGACGCGAAAUGCCCUAUUUCACGUACAUGAUAUAUAAAUAUAUAUACACACCCGAAAUAUGUAUAUCUAAUUGUAACGGAUAUGCCGGAACGGGAACACGGGAUAAGUAAGAACCGCGAGAGGAAAGAGAAUAUGUGGCUCGUAAAUUUGCAAAGUGGAAAGAAGUAAUUCGUUUUUGCGAAGAGUAGAAAGUACUAAUGUUACUAUAUAUAUUCGUACAUACGCGGACACGUACACGUACACAUAUACAGAACAUAAAUACACAACGACGUACACGGAUACAAGAAUGACUUUCGAAUAAGCUAUUUAGUAGGGUAAAUCUAAAAAGAAAACCGAAAAGUAUAUAAAAAAUUUGUAAUGCGAGGGCUGCACGCGGUGGCAGCCACCCCUGCCAUACUAGUCGGUCAAAAUCCAUUUUGUGAAUUAAUUAAAUUAAUUAAUUGAUUGAUCGAGAACUCGUUUAUAUAGUGUUGAGCACUGUUUUAAGUGCUUUUCAUUUUUUGGCUGUGUGAAGCUUGUACUAAAGUAAUUUAAAAUGGGGGAAAAGUCAUUUAAUUAUUGAUUGACUUUGCGCAAUCACUCUCGAAAUUUCCGUAAAGCAAGAAGAAAUAAAUAAAAAAUAUAUGAAAAGGAAUAAAUGUGAGAAAAAGAAAGAGAGAAAAAAAGAGGAAAAGAAGAGAGAAUUUUGUGAUGUAUCGAGAUCGCACUAAGCGGAAGAGAGAUAUAAUCGAAAAUAAGUGAAGAAGAAACGAAGGAAAGAGCGGCCGCAAUUCAUAUUCGAUCGCGCGUGAAGAGUUAUUAAUAAAAUAAUAUUACUAAGUAAAAAUAAAUAAAAUAAAAAUUAUAAUAAUAACGCAAAUAAUAAAAAAAAAACUAAUGGGCAUAUAUUAAUAAUAUCCGAUAAGUCGCACAUAAAUGCCACGUUUCCUUCGAUACGUUACAUGUAUAUUACAUAAUUCCGCAUCUCCGUUUGUACGCAUUUUAACAAACAGAGAGAGAAAAGAGAAAAUACAAGGAGGAAUAAUGAGGACUAAUAAGCGAAUUACUACAGAGGAUACAUUUAAAUAGCAUAUAUAGAUACCAAAGGAAAAGAUAACUAUAUUACUCUUAACGGUACUAGCUCACACAAAUAUCCUGCCGAGUUGCCCCGGGUUACGCUAAGAGCCAUCUGGCCCAUUUUAACACAAACAAAAGAUUUAUUAAGUUUAUAAGUGCUAAGAGAAGCUAAGCCCAACGCCUUAUUCAGAAUUAAACGGAAACUAUGAGUAAAGAGAAGAGAAAGAGGAAUGUAAGAAAAAAGGAUAAGGGAGAGACAAUAGUGAGAGAGAGAAGUAAUAAAAAAUAGGAUAGAAAAAUAAGAAAAAGGAGAGAGAGAGAGAGACGUAAAAAAGGUGAAAAAUAUAGGAGACAGAAAAGGAGAAAUAUAAGCUCUUAUAGAGAGAUUGAAUAUGGAGUGAAAGAAAACAGCAUGUAACACAUAUAAUCUAUUUUUCGCCUGCGCCAAAUAAGAUCCUAUGAAGAUAAUUAUUAUGAUUAUAAAAGGGAAAAAAGAGAAGAAACCGCUAAUUUUUCUAACAAACCCGCGUAUGCCGCCAGGAGACGACCGAUGUCCUUGCGGCACGAUUUUUUGUAAAGCCACUAUUUCUAUAUUGCGUGACGGGGUUGCUGCAACUGCGUCGAAGAUGACAGAGAAGAGAAAAUUCAGCGUAAACAUUUACCGAUUUCAGCAAAAGAAUGCACGAUCGGAGGAGCGAACUGAGAUAUAAGAUGGCCGCAAUGCACGAGACUCGGCAAUGAAUUUACACAAUUGAGGAGAGAUCUGUGAUAUUACAAUUUUCCAUGAAUAUUUUUUGGAUAAUUGAAUAAAUUUCUUUAAAAAAAAAAAAAAAAUUAUUUUAGAAAAGAGAGAUGAAAGCGACAGAUCUUUGUAAAUUCGUUGAAUUUUGUUUUGCACACACAUUCUAUUAAAGAUUUUUGCUGUCACAAACGUUUUAAAUCUUUGAUUCUAUCAAUUCGAAAUUAUGAUUUUUUUUUUUCACCUUACGAGAUUCAUUAUCGUGACUCGUGCAUAUCUUUCAUCGUAGAUUGAAUAUUGGUAGAUUGAAUAUUGAUACGGAGAUCAAAUUCCGUUAGGGUACCAAGGCACUCAGGGCAACGUUUAAUAUCGAUCUUAUUUGUACGUGGUGAUCUAAGCUAAAUUUUCGUUAUACAUUCAUUACACUGAGUAGAAGAUGCUAAAUGAAAAAUUCACGCGCAAUAUACUCAAAUGCAUCCGUAGCUUUUAAAUGAAGUAAAGAAAUAAAAGGCUGCUCUCCCGAUUAUUAAUAAUUGACUCUUUAAAAGUAAUCGCGCAUUUUGUAGAGGAAUGAAGCUUCACAAGUUGUUAUGUCACACUCGGAACUAUCAGAAUGUAGCAAUAGAUGAUUUAUACCGAGUACUUUCUGCGUUUUUUUUUUUCCUUUCUUUACAUACGCAGAUAUAAAUGCAUAAUGUGGUUUACUCGAGUUUCAUACAAAGUACGCGAAUAACUGAGCUAAUAAUAAUGAAAUUAUUUGUGCAAAUUAGAGUUGCCGUUGCUUUAGUGAGCCAUUGAUGAUAACGAGUUACGCGAAAUCGUAAGUAAAAAGAUAGGAGGGGGGGGGGAGUAAUGAAAGCACUAAAGGAAAAGAAUUCACAAAAGCUAAACAUGCGUCGAAGGGGAUCACGUAUGAUGUAAUAUCGUAUAACAAGCAUAUCCAAUAAUACCAACACCAAAGAAUACUCGUGAGAAAAAGAUGAGAAGUUUUCGAGAAACUUGGUUCGAGAAAGAGAAAAUGUGAUUAUGAAAAAUAAUUAUUAGAGAGAAAUCCUUUUAUAUAGAAUAAGAGAAGAUUGAGUUUUUUUGUUACAAGUUGGAACACACACUGGUGCAUUGUUACAUAUACAUGAGAAUUAUGUUUCUUUCGUCGAAUCAUAAGGAAAGUCGAUAGGGGCUAUGUAUAGGUUUUGGAGGGAGUAAGAGUGUGAUAUAAAAGAAUCGAUUUAUCAAUCGAAAAUUCAUACACCUUAAGACAAAACGAUCCCUAAUCACUAGCUGUGCACUAAGGACAACUACGUAGUGCUCAUAUAUAGUCCGUUUGUUAAUGUUUCAGAUACUUUAUUAAAUGUUGAUAUAAUAUACUGCUACAUUCCUUGUUUGUGUAUGCCGAAACCUAUUUCAAGUCUUUAACCCUUUAUAGAUUUCUAAAUGCCUCAACACCUAAUGUGAUUUAAAUAUGCAUUAUUUAAUGACUAAUGUGUUAUACAAAAGAUAAAAAUUAAUUUUAGAGAUCCAUACAUUUUAUUUAACUAAUUAUAUUAUUAAAAAGAUAAAUCUCUCUCUUUCGCGCAUAUAAUUUUCUUCACGAUUUAAUUCAAACACACAUACACACAUAACAAACAAAAAAACAUACACACACGUUAUAGAAGAUUUAGAUUAUAAACUCACUAAUUUCUCAGGUUAUAUAAUUUUAAAGAAAGUAUUGUUAACCCUAUAAAGGGUUAAAAAAUGAGUACCCUCCAUCCGUGUUAGCCGAUUGAUUGGUCAACCGUUCAAUCAUUAGCGCGUAUGUGAAUAUACAAGGUAAUUCGAACAACGUGAGAACUUUGCGAGCCGAUUAAAUGAUUCAAAAAUUUUGAGACAGGCUACAUGCAAUCUUAUGCGAAUAAGUCUUACGUAUGUUUUAAUAAAUUAAUUAAUUUCUCCGUCUUAUUUUGAACCGUUUAAGAUGCAUGCAAAGUUCUUAAAUCGUAUUCUCGAAACACCCGCUACAGAUAUAGUUAUAGUACUUCAAGGUAUUCUCAUAAAAUCGAAUCGACGUUUCGCGGAAAAAGAUGAGAGACAAAACGGGAUAAAUGUAAAGAAUAAAUUCUAGAAGAAUGAAUAUCAGAGCGAGAAAUUAUCUUGAUAUUGCGCAAAUUUUCUUAUUCUUGCAAAUUAAUGACAUUUGUUUCUUAUAUGACACAUUAAAAAUUGUAACUUUGAUUUAUAAUUAGAAUAUAAUGUCAAUAUAUUGUAUUGUAUGUAUUUUUUUUUUCGACAGUUGAUUUAAGAUCAGUUUUCAUAAUUAAUAUAAGAUGUGUGCGCGAAUAGAGAGAUAUUCGAUUCUGCUAAUUUAAUAAUUCAAUUUUUCGCUAAUUUUGAAAUUAGUAUUGAGCUGUAUAUAACUUGCGUGAUUUAACCGUUUGACUGCUAAAGUACGUAUCUUCAAUUUUACUUUUCAUUUCUAAAAUAUAAACGAGAAAUAUAUGUAAUCUUGUUUUUUGUUAUAAAAGAAAUAUCAUAGACAAAGUAUAUUCGUUAAACAUAUAAAAUUCAAAUAAUACGAACAAAAUGAAAUAAUUUGUUGAAUUUAUAGUUAUUAACUGUUUUGAACAAUCUCAUUACACAUUCAAGAUAUAUGACUCUAAUUUUUGUCUUACACCGAAUUCUUUAGAAUCAGGCAAUCACAUUUAACGUUGCACAAUAUAAAGCAUAUAUUUUAUUAUUAUCAAAUAUUCUUACACGCGCUCAAACGGUUAAUCGGAAACUCUCCGAUUCGCAUAACUAAAGAGUUCUUCGCUGCCAAUUAAUUAUCGCUAAUUAGAGAUAGGCCGAUGUCAAGCGAUCGCUGAUACGAAAUCAAAUGGGUGCUUUAAAUGCGCUGAAAAUUUCUCAAUCGCGAAGGAAAAGAGAAAUAAAAUCGAUUUCACACGAGUCACAAAUUAAUACGUAUCAUUUUGCUUUUCACACGAGCAAUGUUGUCUCGUUCUCGUGCGAAAUAUUCGAUGUAGGAGAAUAUAUACUUGUAUGUCGUUCCGCUAGUGUCCAAUGGAGAAUUUAGACUUGUUAGACCUAUAAGUUCCUGGCGCUUAUGGAACUUUAGAAUGUACAAAUCAAACCACUGUUAGCGUCUGAAUGUGAUUCAAGUGCGAUCUUAUUGCGAUUACAUCGUGAUAAUUGCGAUCGAAUCGAUUGGGAUUUAAGUGUAAACCAAUUGUAAUACAAUUGUGGUUUGUGUUUUAAUUUGAUUGUGAUCCGUGUGAAAUCGUCUAAGAAAGGGCAAAAAAAAACAUGGCAACCUCAUCUCUGCUAAUAUGCAUUCGCUAAAAUAUUGAAAGGAUCACGAACUAUCCCGAGCCUGUACAGAUGGCAACAUAAUAUCGAUAUUUUUUGAAUGUUGAUUCCUCAGUCUUCAGAGAUGGCAAAGAUAAUAUCAGUAUUUUGGAAAUAUACGUUUCUGCCACUUUCAGCGUAUUUAGCAGUAACAAUAAUAAUGCUUUGCAAAUAUCAAUUGACUAAAAAUAUCGACUUUUGCCAUCUUUAAGCAUAUUAAUAUAAUAUCAAUUAUUAAGAAAUAUCGAUAAUAGCAGCAAUUUUGCCACUCCAAGCCCAUGAUAAACACGCCAUGAAAAAGCGCUCACAAAUAAUUUGUAACGUUUUAUAAAUAAAUUGGCAUAUCAGUCUUAUCAAUCGCGAGAAAGAAUGAAAGAAGGGAGGGUAAAGUGUGAAAGAAAAACUUUCCUUCUGAAAAAGAAAAAAAUAUACAAGUGUACAAUUGAGCAAAAGGAAACAUGUGUGAAUGAGAGAAAGUAUGAAAGAGAAAAAGAAAGAGAGAGGGAGAAAAAUAAUUCGUAAAAAAAACUCUAUUAUUCUCACUUCUUCAUCGAUGAACGCUCUGCUGGUUUGGAGCUGUAGUCAUAUCGUUAGUGUAUAAGUCUGUAUGUGACGGUGUUAAUUAUUGUAAUAUAAAAGAACAGGAGAUAAAUGCGCGAUAUAAGAGAAGAGAAGGAGAAAUAACGUACUAAGUCAUUACUAUCACAGGAGAGGAUUAACAUAUAGAAAGAUAAAAUGGAGAAAAAGAUGAAUGCGAUAUCAUUUGUCUGGUAUUACUGGGCAUGCUUCGAAAGGAUAGUUUUUUAUAAGCCAAGAUUCUGUUUCUCAUCCCCGCAGACGCCAUGACUUUCCCCCUUUAUCCCCCGAUUUUUAAUCAAUAUUUUCACUAUUGAGACGUAAACUUCUUUCCGUUUGUGUUACGCGAGCUGGACCGCUUUUUGCAAAAGAUAGGAAGGUAAAGUAAGCACGAGUAGAGUAUGUGUAAAUGAAGAGCGAGAGAGAAAGAGAAAGAGAGAAUCUGGGAGAACUUGAGAGGAGAGAAUGUGAAAAAAAAAAGAAAAAACGAAAGAGAUAAUAAAUAAGGAUAAGAAAGGAGAGCGAGGCUUGGCGAGAAAAGAAAACGAGAAA